AUGUGCGGGAGUACUCGAGAGGGCUCUACUGAAACCGCUGUUGGCAUUACCGAAAAAACGACGACUUUUCCAUCGUCGAACGCAAAAGCUACGUCUGAAUCGAUUCCAAUGAGCAUGGAUGAAGGCGAUCAGGCGAAACUUUUCGAGCUUGCUAUGGAUUUAGAGAGAUUCAGACUAAAGAAUAUUAAAUGUUUGGACGAAUUUAAGCGUGCAGUAGCCUUAAAAUUCAGUCAAUUGCUGGAGAAUGAACGUAUACGCGACUCAGUGUGGGAAACGACUGGAGGUAAGAUGCUUAUUAAGCUUGACAAGAGCUUCGUAGGUGAGUACGUGCAUGGAACGUACGUAGAAAAAGAUGGGAUACUUAGUGGACUUGCUCGACUGAUGGAGGACGGAGCAUGGAAGCUCGAUGGCACAUUUAAAAAGUCAAGUCAUUCGCAAUCAAACGCAUGCACUUUGUAUUGGGACAAAAUUGCCUCUCGUUUUGAUGGAAAGUGGUAUCGCGGCGAUGGAUCGGGCGACUGGAAAUGUCUUUAUACGCCGUAUGCGUCUGACUUUUGUGGGUUAGCGCCUGUAGACCCCGUAAAGAAGCCGACCGACCUGCAACCAUUCUAUCGUGGUAUGGUUAAUAUGAAGCAGAAUCUCGCAAAUGUGUGCUACCAAAACAGUUUUCUUCAAACACUGUACAUGACUCAGGACUUCCGACGCUUAAUUUUGACCUGUGAUGCCCACAAUUACUUAGCAUCUUUCGCUGAUCACCUUUCAACGAGCGAGAAUGUUGUGGCAUCUAUUCAAGAUCUUUUUACCCAAAUGACCGCCUCACAGCGUCCGUUUUUGGCUACUCACGCGUUGCAGCGCUGCUUACCGACCGAAUUCAAAAAUGGGCGCCAGCAAGAUGCGUCAGAUUUUGCACAUUUCCUCAUUGAUGCGCUUAGCCAGCACCUAAACCAACAUGACGACACUGCGUCCGUUAUACCCUCAAUUUUUGGUGGACAUCAAGCGACGAUUCUGGCCUGUAAAUUGUGUGGCAAGAAGUCAGUUAACCGCGAAUACUUCUGGGAGCUGUUACUUAACAUGAUUGACCUCCGCUAUACACCAAUUACGAGCAUUACUGCAGUAAGUGGAUCAUCGAUGGACAUUCAAACGCCAGAUGGUUACGAACGUCUUAACACAGAUUUAAAUAAGGAUCGUACUGGGGCACCUUAUGUGUAUCUUUGUGUGAAGAGAUGCCCAGAGCGAGUAACGACUGAUGCUUCAAUGGAAGAUAACUGUGAACGAGUACUCCCAGUUACAGAGCUGGUCGUGAAGGUUGCGUUGACUACCGAUCCAAAUCCAGUAAUGCUUGGAUUUGAACGUGUAGAAUUAGAUCUUAACGUCGGUGGGGGCUCAAGCGCGGGCGGCAAAAAAAAAGUUUAUUUAUUUUUCCGUCGUGAUCCCAACGGAUCACCUAUUACUGACCUGCUAGUAGUUUAUGGCAACGAGUCGAUCCCGGACGGCUUUAAACAAAUUCAAGUGGACUUAAAUCAGGGCGAUGGCACAAAAGUGUAUCUCUGCUAUCGAUGUGAUAUGCCGAUAACAGAUUUAAAAAUUGUUAAUAGUGGCAUUCCUGGAUACCGAAUGGUAGAUCACUUACUUAACCUAAGUCACGAAGAACCCGUUAAGCAGUAUCUGGCGCUUAAAGUAGGCGGCAACGAACUCUGUUUGACCGAUCUGAAGCUCGUUAGUGGACAUGAUGUGGUUCUUUAUGAGGAGCAAGGAUGGCAGUCAAUUGGAAGCCCAUAUUCUUCGGUUCUGCCCUAUAAAUCUCUUUCUGAUUCCAAGAUAUUCAUUCCACCGCAGCUCAUGAUUCGUCGCGGCCAUGGCAAUCCAAUUUUUGCCGUCGAUGUCUUCCGUGCUCCCCGUCAAGUGCCAAAGUAUAACGACUAUGAGGUCAUUGAACUUUUUCCAGCUGAGAGCUCUAAUGAUGAUAUUGUCAUGCAAGUAAAAGGUGAUUGGAUGGGAAGUGACGAUACAGACCGAGGACGGAAGGCGGUGCGAAUACGUUCGGUAUCUGAACCAAUUUUCGAUGCGCUACAUUUGAGAGGCUCGUUUGAGGAUAAAGGAGAAUUGUCUUGCGUUGCAACUUGCGUUACGAGCUGGUCAGAAUCAAUUUCGGCUAGAGCUGUUAAUUUAAGCGUACCUGCAGACCCUUUGUCAAUUGAAAGCGCAGGUGUUCGCGCAUCUGUUAAAAAUUAUCACCUGUCCGGCUACUGGAAGAGCGCAAAAGUACCAUGUGCGCAACUCUUCAAUGUGGAAUUGCGACCUAAACCAAGUGGUGCUUUAGGUGCUGCAGACAAUGCAGAUUUGUCGGCAGACGGGGAGCUUGCGUGUUUAUACUCCCUGAAUGGUACAAUUGGUGAUGGUAAGGGAAAUCCGAUCGCCAUACAGGGUAUUCAGACAUCGAGAGCGGUGAAGGUCAAGUGGCCUAUCUCAUCAAUUAUGGUAUUACGCGGAGACGAGUGUGUUCCAGAAGGCAUGCAGGUUGUCCGUGAGACAUGCUCGGGUCGAUCAGCAAAUCUUUUGGCUCAGACGACGUCAUCGCACACGCUUUUUCUUGCAGUUAAACGGGAAGAGGCGCCCGCCAAUGGCUAUAUAACUGAUGUUUGCGUGAUAUAUGGUGAGAUUGACGCUAUCCCAGAGCACUUUAUAUGUAUCAAAUCAACACCUGCGAAUUAUUCUGCCAAUUUGAAUGACGGCACCCCAGGAAUUCCGAUUUUUAUUUGUUAUCGACAAGAUAAUAGGAUCAAGGAUGCUUCUUCCAAAUAUUUGAUGGAUCUCACGUUGAUGUGGACAUCAGGGGCACAACCAGACACGCUUCCAAUGGGGUAUACCAAGAUUCAGCACACACCUUUAGGGAUGGAAGCUAAUUUAAAUCAAGGCACGAGUGGUGUGGCAAUUUAUCUUUGCUACUCAAAUUGUGAGGCUCGAGACAUUAUCAAGCCAAUACACCAUUCACUUAAUGGUAAUUACGAGAUCACGAGUUCCCCAUUGCCAGCGUUUGGUCGAUUUCUCAGUUUUUUUGUCAGUGAUGAACUUGAAGAAACGCGUGUCGUCGAAGGUAACUUUGGUAUCGUGUUGCAUACUCACCUGACUGGCUUGAUGAGUGGAUUUCUGUAUACACCAAAGCGACAACAGAAGGGAAGUAGUCCAAUUCGCACUAUCCUUGGUGCAUGGAGUAUUCAAAGUCCGAUGGCUGGCGGUGUGAAUGCAAGCGUAAACGCUCAUUUGCCAUCGAUGUAUCCAUUUGAGUUGACUCUGAAUGAUGCAGGCACAGAGAUGGAUGGAUGGUGGAGCGGUGCAGAAGAAAUUUUGGGUGGGAUAUCCAGACCUAUAAUCUUGCCGGCAAUUGGUGGAUCUCCAGGAAGUGCAGUACCGUCUCCUGUUGUUACCGGUGGCAAAUGGAAGCUUGUUAAAGAUUCUUACGUCCAUGUGGCCUUUAAAAAAGAUUACAGCACUGAGUGGAAAGAUGGCCAGCUUGUGUUUUCAGAGCGCGUGUGGCGGCACGAUAUUGAGUCGAUGCUAUCGCGUUUCGUUGCGACUCGUACAUUAGGUGGUGAUAAUGCGCUUCUGUGUGAUGUUUGCCAGAAAAAAACAGAGUCACGGACACACACUGUAAUUUUUGAGCCACCUGAACACCUGAUCAUUACACUUAAGCGAAUGUAUUACGACUGGAAUCAACAAAAGGCGUGCAAGUACCUGCACGAUGUUCGUUUUCCAACAUUAUUGUCGCUUCCAUCGCUCACUGAGGAAGAAGAGAAUGCUGUGUAUGGUCAUACGGACGACGAAUCACCUCGCGUCAGUCAGCAGAAUAAAUUUCGUCAUUACGGUUUGUACGGUGUACUAGUCCACUCUGGACUCACAGCAAAUUCAGGUCACUACUUCAGCUUUUGUCGUGAGAGUGACGAAAGCACACGACAGUUGCAUUUGGAAGACUCACCGUUAUCUCCAUGGAUUAAAUUUAACGACACGAAGGUCGAGCGAUCGAGCUGGAAGGAGAUCAAUAGACUUGUGUCCAACACAGUGUCCGAUACCGUUUAUCUUUUGCUCUAUCGGAAACUAUCGUACAAUCCUCGAAUUUCUGGAGAAGGUUCAGACGUGCUGGAGGGCGUGACCUCAGAUGAUGAAGAAGCCAUGCUGCUGGCGAAAGCGAUGGCGUUGUCUAUGUCGGCGUCAAGGCAUCACCGACAUGAAGCCGAAAACAAGUGCGAAGUUGACGAUUUAAACGGUGUCGACGACUUUUCGAUGCUAUCGACCAAUGCAGUGGCAAAAACAUUAUUGAAAAAGGUGGAGAAUGAAAACGCAACGUUUCUGCGUGAGAUCAUCGCAGAUACAUCCAGUGCAUUGCAUGCUGACGAUUUGCACACACUUCUCGUACUACGUCACUCGAUCCCGCUGCGAUUGCGUGCGAUCCUUGACGAAAUCUGCUGA